AGCGAGGAUGGCCAUUCAACCACUUCCACAGCCCAGCAAGAGGGAAUCACUGCCUCAUCAUGAAGUCAGUACAGAUUUUGAUCUUGGUCCUGCUGGCCCUAGGAGCAUGGGCUGCUCAGAAUGCAGUAGAGAAGCCUGGGGACUGCCCAAAUUUCCGCCAGGUGUUGUCAGAUAAAACUGAGUGUAAAGAGAUGUGCAACGGUGAUAACAGCUGUUCCCAAGACCUGAGAUGCUGCCGACAAGGCUGCAACUGGCUGUGUAUGAACACUACUCAAGAGAAAGACGGCAGGUGCCCCCUGGAUACCUUUACUUCCUCCUCCUCUGAGGAGCACCGUCUCAAUCGGCUUUGCCCUAAGACAUGCUACUCUGACCUGGACUGCAAUGGGGAGGCCAAGUGUUGUGCCAGCUCCUGUGGCCGAACCUGUACCAAGCCGAUCAGAGUUAAGUCUGGUCAGUGUCCUGCUGUGGCCAAGAUUUGCCCCAGGAAUAACUGGGUCUACACCUGUCGGUCUGAUGAUGAUUGCCAGGGAGAGAGAAAGUGUUGUUUCUUUGGCUGUGGUCGGAGGUGUAUGGAGCCUUUCCGAGAGGAGCAAGAAGCAGUAACCAGACGCUUUAACCAAGAGGAAAACACCGUCCUAUCCCUCUAAGAACUGAACCAAGACAACCCACAGUCCCGCUGGUUACUCCUUGAAGCCCAGAUAUCUUUUUUUCCUUGGGGUUCCAACCCCUUUGGGUUAAUAAAGGCAUUGACUCUGAA